GCGAUUCUUCCAUAGGAAGAAAUAAGGAGAAUAAAUUCGAUUAUCGCGAUAUUGAUUUAAUUAUCAAUCAGUCUGAUGAAGAGGAACAUCUUUAUCGCGAUCAUUUUAUCCACAAUGCGAUACUUGAGCAAGACGAUCGAAAUUCUGAUGCAAUCGAACAAGAAGCAAAUGAUCUAUUAAAUAACGAAGAAGGAAGUAGAGAAAUAUUAGAGGCAAUACAAGAAGCUGAAGAAGACGCGGGCGAGAAAGAUGCGGACGAGAAAGACACGAACGAGGAAGAUGCAGACGAAGAAGACGCGGACGAUAAACAAAAGUGUAUAAUUAAAGAAAGUGACGAGUCAAUAGAAAUAAUAAAGAAAGACUUUAUUGAGGAUAAAGUAAUUAUAUCAAGAUUAUCAAAACUCGAUGAAAGACUAACGAGAAUAGGUAGACUCAAGGAAGUAACUGAAGAAGAAAAAAAUCUUCGGAUGAAAAACGGUUUUCUGCAGAAAAAAUAUAGCGAAUGUGUAAAAAAAAAUAAAAAAUACGAUGGAUUAGAAAAAGUAAUUGAUUCUGGGAUACGCAACCGUGAAAGUUAUGAAGAAAUUCUCGAAGAAUACAUGGAAAUCAAAGUCGAUGUGGAGAAGAGAAAGCCAGGUUAUGAGACAGAAAUUUCGAAAAUGGAAGAAGCUUACAAAAAUCAGGAAAAUGAAUUUAACAUGAAGUUUAAGGAGCUUCUGUCACGUGAAUCGGAAAUUGGUAAUAACGUAAUCAAUUCUAAAACCGGUAAGGCAUUCGGUGAACGCGAAGUGAACAGCAUGAUUGAACGACAAAAGUCGCGGGCUUCCGAGUUAGCUGAUACGAGAUUUACUUAUUUGAAGCGACGAAAUAUUCUAAACCAUCUUUUGUCAAAACUUUAUGAACUUGACAAUCUUGGAAUUGGAUACACGACAAUAGAAUACGAGCAAAUGGUAAUAGAGCGACAAGGUGUGCUUGAAAAGCUUGAUGAACGAGAAGAAGAAAUUAGAAAAAUACGUGAUAAAUGCUUCACGUAUGUUGCAGUUCUGAGUCAUAUUAAAGAAUCUAUUGCUAGUAUUGCUCGGGAUAUCCAAGAAACAUCCGUACUAUUAUCAAAGUAUUCGGAGAUUCAAAAUUAUGGACGAUACGCUACGAUGAAACGGAAGUUGGAAAGAGACAUCACACGCAAACACAACAUUCAAUUGCGGGAAAGCGGCGGACUACUUGCUCAUCCGGAUUUGCUCAGCAAAAUGGAGACCGACAUCCUGCAGCUACAGUUUUUCAAGGAGAAGAUAGAGUGUCUGCAAGCUGAAGUUUAUCUUCAGCAUACACAGGCUGAUAUGAUAAAAGCUUUCUUGAAGAGGCAGAGAAACCAUAGUCAAAGCCCAUUAGGGUCCUACUGAUGAUAGCUUUAUAAUUACUGGUUGUAGCACGUUAUACAAUAUACAACUAUAUAUAUUUUA